CGAUAUGGAGUGUCGCCGCUUAUUGAAUUUCCUGCUGCUACUGAUGCUGAGCCUAUCAGGCACUUGGCUGCUGCCCAUACCCCACUUGGAAUUGCUGGAGUUUGACGCCAGCUUUCUGGCACAAGUAUUGCGCAAUGUGAACGCCAGCGUCGACCCUUGCGAGGAUUUCUAUGGCUACGCCUGUGGUAAUUGGAGUGCAAACUAUAAAGACACCAAAAGCUACUUGGAUAUGCCUGGCUAUAUGGAUUACAAAUACAACGCACAACUACUUAAUGCUUUAGAAAGGCACAGCCGGCAAGGUGGCAUCUAUGAUCUGCUGUGGGCGUAUUAUGUGGCCUGUCGUGAUUUGGCGCAGCCGGCACUUAAUGAGCUGCUGCACUUGCUGGAGCCUCAGCUGGGACUAGAGUGGCCCAUUUUUAAAGGCAACCAGAGCGAGCCGUGGCGCAAUGAAACCCAAUUUGAUUGGCUGGCGACGCUAGCCAAGCUGCGUAUCUAUGGCCUAAACGGUGUCUUUAUCAAGCAGGAUGUUAAUGUGCGACGUGAAAAUGGAUCGCAUUAUGUUUUGCUAUUGGCGCCGCAGCCAGCUGAUGCGUUCACGCUGGGCGAACAGGAGAUACAAGAUUUGUAUGUAGACUUUGGACUGGAUGAGCCACUGGCACAAAAUCUUACUGCCAAGCUCAUGCAGCUGGAGUGGCGUCUCGGCAACAUUACGCACCAGGUAGCUGAACAAUCGACGGACAGUCUACCCGAGUGGACAUUGGCCGAGUUACAGCAACGACUGCCCCAAAUUAAUUGGCGCCACUAUUUGACAGAAUUGCUGAAUGCAGAUGUAGCGAACACAGUGCAGCUGUUGCAGGUAUCAGCGCUGAGUUUCAGCUAUCUGGAACAGCUGCAGCUGAUACUUGCAGAGAGCUCCAACGAGACUAUCUGUUAUUAUCUCAUGUUCAAGCUGCUCUAUGUGUUCAACGAGGAGUUGCCGCCUACUGGCUCGGAUGAAACGCGUUCCACAGCCUGCGUGUUGCAGCUGCGCGGUCACAUGCCACUGGCUAUGAUCUACCUGUACGAGCAGCACUACUAUAAUGAACGACGUGUGGCAACUGAUGCGGCACUGCAGAGACUGCAGCUCAAGCUGACCAAGGAGUUUGAACAGUUGCUCAACGAGAAUUAUUUACAAUUGAAUGCAUUGGAACAGGCUUAUGUGCUGGAGGAACUGCAUAGUCUGCGCCUGAAAAUAGGCAAUAUGCCCCCAGCUUUGACAAUGGCUCAGUUGACGACAUACUACAAGGAUUUGCAGCUACAACACGAUGAUUUCUAUGGCAACAAGUUGCAGGUGCUCCGGUUUUAUCAACGGCUCGACCAGCAGCUGCUGACCAACCAGCCAGGCAUAUGGCCAGCUCAUGAAUACUAUCAGCAGGAUGCUGUAGUAGCACGUAGCUCCUCGCCAGUGAAAAUCUUUCAGAAUGCCGUGCUGCUGCCACACGGUUAUUUGCAAUUGCCGCUGUACGAUGCUCGUCUCUCGGACCUGCUGCAACAUGCCCAACUGGGCUUCAUAUUGGCACACGAGCUGCAGCAUGCCUUUGACUUAUUCCACAUUGUAUACGAUGGCAGGGGCAACUACAAUCUAACCGGAAUGGCGCUGAUACAGCAUUUCGCCAACUUUACCAGCUGCUAUACCGACCACAACGCCCAGCAGCUGCUUCUCUCCGAGAGCAUGUCGGACAUUGUGGGUCUGCGACUGGCAUUUGCAUCCUACUUUAAUCACGUGCAACCCAUUGACCGCCCACCAGUUGGCAAUUAUACACAGCAGCAACUCUUCUUUAUCAACUCGGUGCAAUUCUUAUGCGCUAACAUGCAAGAAAUUACGGACAUGAGCAUCACGAACGAUGCGGAGCACGGCCUGCAUAAUGAGCGAGUCAAUCGCAAUUGGCCGCAUCACGAGCAAUUUGCCAACGCUUUCAACUGUGCUGCUGGCCAGGCCAUGUAUCAGGCAGAGCAGUGUCGACUGUGGUGAGCAGGAGAGCUACUAUAUGAGUGUCGCGUGCGCCUAUUAGAGCCAAUAUCGAUUAACAGUCAGCACAGUUUAUGCAUGUUGGCAGCCCAGGUGCAUAUUAAGUAGAUGAUUUUGUUCCUUUACGAUUUGACUA